AUGGCCUCUAAUAAACCAAACAAACUGGCUUUCCUGUCAAUGCCAGCACCCGCAUCCUACGUUGCUGGCCUUGGUCGCGGUGCUUCCGGUUUCACCACACGUUCAGAUAUCGGUCCAGCUCGUGAGGGUCCUUCCGCAGAGGUUAUCGCGUGGGCCCAAGCAAGGCGAGGGGAAGAGGCUGAAGUCGACCCGGAACAGUUUCAAGACCCAGACAAUGAAUACGGUCUUUUUGCAGGAACUGCCUAUGAGCAGGACGACGAAGAGGCAGACAAAAUCUAUGAAGCGGUGGAUGCAGCUAUGGAUGCACGACGUAAGGCACGCAGGGAGGCACAGGAGCAAGCGCAACUAGCAAAACAUCGCGCCGAACGACCAAAAAUUCAACAACAAUUUGCUGAUCUGAAGAGAGGACUUUCUGCUGUCACUGACGAGGAGUGGGAGAGUAUACCAGAGGUGGGGAAUCUCACAAAGCGGAAACGUCCAAAAUAUGAGAGAACAUAUGCUGUGUCUGAUAGUAUACUUGCCGGGGAUCGUUCUAGAGGAGAAUACGAGAACUCUUUAGACUCCCUACAGCAACAGACUGGAGGACUUGUGACGCCUGCUGAAGCAGGUCCCACAAACUUUGUCGAAAUAGGACAGGCAAGAGACAAAAUCUUAUCCCUCAAACUCGAUCAAGUAUCUGGCACUUCGACCUCAUCUGGCCUUUCCACUUCCAUCGAUCCCAAAGGAUACCUCACCUCCCUCAAUAGUGUUGUGUUGAAAUCCGACGCUGAAAUUGGUGACAUAAAGAGAGCGCGUAUGCUAUUCGACUCUCUUAUCAAGUCCAAUCCAAAACAUGCUCCCGGAUGGAUUGCUGCGGCCUGUUUGGAAGAACACGCUGGUCGCAUGGUGGCUGCACGAAAGCUCAUUAAGCAGGGAUGCGAACAAUGUUCGAAGAAUGAGGACGUUUGGUUGGAAGCUGCCCGACUGCACAAUAACGAAGAUGCAAAAGUGAUAUUUGCAAAUGCUGUUCAGCAUGUAGGUCAAAGUGUAAAGAUUUGGCUUGCGGCAGCGGAUCUCGAGCAUGACGUCAAAUCUAAGCGUCGAGUUUUAAGAAAGGCUCUGGAGCAUAUUCCAAACUCUGUUCGACUGUGGAAGGAAACUGUCAACCUUGAAUCGUCUGCCUCUGAUGCCCGAGUGCUCCUGUCUCGUGCUGUCGAAGUUAUCCCGUUAUCCGUCGAGCUAUGGCUUGCUCUCGCCCAAUUGGAGACUCUUGAUAAAGCGAAGGCCGUGUUGAACAAAGCGCGUAAAGCUAUACCUACCUCGCACGAGAUUUGGAUAGCAGCUGGGAGACUUUUAGAACAGGAAGCCUCGAUGAUGGGUGCGGAGAAAACCAAGGCUGAAAAGAAAAAGGCGCUGGACCUGGUGGAUAAGACAAUUGAGGCCGGCGUACGAGAACUUCGGCGUCACGGUGUGUUGUUGACGAGGGAGCAGUGGUUAAAAGAAGCGGAAAAGUGUGAAACACAAGGCAGCGUUCUGACUUCCGAAUCUAUAGUCAAGGCUACGAUUGCGAUGGAUAUCGAAGAAGAAGACCGUCUUGACACGUGGAUAGACGAUGCUGAGGGCGCGUUGAGCAGAAACAUGGUCGGAACAGCCCGGGCGGUAUUGGCGUAUGCGUUGAAAGUAUUUCCCGACAAGAAGAAUCUGUGGAUACGUGCGGCUGGGUUGGAGAAAGCUCAUGGAACUAGCGAAAGCUUAGAUGCCAUUCUCACGGAAGCUGUCAAACAUUGUCCACAAGCAGAAGUAUUGUGGCUCAUGGCAGCCAAAGAAAGGUGGCUAGCGGGUAAUGUUCAGGGUGCCAGGGACGUGCUUGCAACGGCUUUUGACGCCAAUAAAGAGAGUGAAAAGAUUUGGUUGGCUGCGGUCAAAUUGGAAGCAGAAAAUGGACACCUCGAUGUAGCAAGAGAACUACUGAUCCGAGCACGAAGUACCGCAGACACCGAAAGGAUUUGGAUGAAAUCGGCGACCUUUGAGCGACAGCAAGGGCAACUCGAUGCAGCGUUGGAGACGUUGGCUACAGCGCUUAAGAAAUUUCCUAAGUUUUCCAAAUUAUACAUGGUCCAAGGUCAAAUAUACCAGUCCCAGAACAAAUUCCCUGCUGCGCGCGCAUCUUUUGCUGCAGGGUUCAAGGCAUGUCCUAAAGAACCUAUCUUAUGGAUUCUAGCAAGUCGUCUCGAAGAAACCGAUGGGAAAAGUAUAAAAGCUCGUGCAUUACUUGACAAAGCGCGUCAAGUCAAUCCUUCCAACGAGCUUAUCUGGGCCGAAGCAGUAGGCGUCGAAGAACGUUCUGGCGGCGCUGCACAGGCUAAAGCUAUGCUUGCUCGUGGAUUGCAAGAUUGUCCUACAUCAGGCCUCUUGUGGACGAUGUCGAUCUGGCUAGAGCCUCGUCCGCAGCGGAAGACGCGUGCCCUCGAUGCGUUGAAGAAGAGUAAUGACAACCCGCUCAUUAUUUGUACCGUUGCACGACUGUUCUGGGCGGAAAGAAAGAUAGAAAAGGCAAGGCAAUGGUUUCAGCGAGCUGUACCUCCUCGGCCUGACGAUUCCGUGGAUACGGGUGCGGAUAUUGGUGACUUGUGGGGAUGGUGGUUGAAAUUCGAGCGUCAACAUGGAACUGAGGAACACCGCGAGGAAGUCAGAGCAAAAUGUGUAACUGCUGAGCCUCAUCAUGGGCUUGUUUGGCAGGCGAUUGCAAAAGACCUGAAAAACAAUGGAAAGAGUAUCAGAGAAAUCCUCGAGAUGGUCGCAGAUGUACUUCAAUAA